AUGAGCUACCAGACACACCGCGCGCGCAACAGGUACCGCACCGCAUCAUUGAACGUUCUGUACAAAGUUGCAGAGGGCGGGAACCUGCUCGACCUCUCCUUGGAGGAAUUCAGUCUCAACAACGAUCGCCUGGUCAAUAUCCUAAAGCAUUGUCGACUGCGCUCACUCGAACUCAGACGUUGGAGCGGUUCGGAGUCCUUUUCGUUACGCGACCUUUCCCCGUCGAUCUCUUCCUUAAACGUGGAGUUUCGCUCAUCUAGGACUGGUAACAACGCCCAGAACACACGACCGGUGUUUCCCUAUUUGAAGACCUUUGGUUUGCCGCCGGAGUGCCGUCCGUUGGCCAAUGUGGAAACCCUCAUUAUCCGAGAGCCGCUCAGCGAGUCCAUCAAAACUUUACCGCCAGGAUUCUGGUAUGGAGUAGCGUCGAUCCCGGACGAGGGUCCGCAAGACUAUGGUGGAAUUUUCAAGGAAGCUUAUAACUUGCAACGCCUCAUCUUAGUUAACGCAUCUUCGUCGGUAGACUACCAGAAUACCAAGGACAAGAAGUCUUUCUACCUCCUUGUCCUCGGAUCACCCACUUGGAGGCACAAUCCCACUGGAAACCCACCCGACCCAUACCCUUUUAACCUCCCGACCCUCUGCUCCAUAAUCCGAGCGCUUUCGAAUCUUCAACAGCUCACCUUGCUACCGAAGAGGGUGUUCUACGACCUGGAGAGUUUCUUCUACCCAGUGAACCCUGUCCUGACAAACGCCGAAGUCGCCCAGGCUUUCCAGAGCUUUGCAAAUUGGGAAGAGUUUGAUCAGCUGCUUUGUCCACAGAGAUACCCCAAGAUCAAAAAGGUGGUCGUAGACGUUCGGACGUUUGGAACGAAGGGGUGGAUUGCGAGGCCGUUUGAGGCGUAUCUUAAACGGAAGAUGCCUUCAUUGGUGUCGAGGUCUAUUUGUAUCGAGGUGGUGUAUUGA